UUAUUUAACUUUUCCCUUAUAAAACCAGCUCUUAAUCUGGAGCAUUUUAUUAAGCUGCUUAUUGAGCAUAAAGCGCUUUUUUUAAUCCGAAAGCUGUAGAAGCAGAAUGAUGUCGGGUUUUACGAGAAUGAAGAGGGUGACUGACCCCUUGGAUGAUAAGGCGAAGGCGCGGAUCGUCGGCCGGGAUAGGAUCGGGCUGGGUUACCUCAGCAGCGGCAGCGAGUACAGCGCUCAAGCAGAUGAUGACGUCGCCUCCCCCAGCCUUUCCGAGCUUUUUUUCGGUUUCAACGUCCACGAUGCCGGGGACGAGUCGCCGGAGAGCGGUGGUUCCGAUUGCGAGCGGGAUCGGUCAAUGUGCGAAAUGAAUGAAUGUGCGAGUGUUGAUUUGAUUAAGCCUAUUUUGGAAGAUCAGAGAGACGCGUUUAAGAGAGUGCUUGCGGCUCACGUUUGGAAAGCCGUGCAAGUGUUUUCCGGUUUGAGAUCGAAUAAGCAGAUGAUGCGGAGGAACGUGAUGGCGUAUCUGAGGAACUGCGGGUACUAUGCGGCGAUUUGUAAAACGAAGUGGGACAGCUCCGGCGGCCUCACCGCCGGGAACUACGAAUUCAUCGACGUCCUCCGGAAGGAAUAUUCGACGAGGUACUUGGUCGACUUGGAUUUCGCUUCAGAGUUCGCGAUCGCGAGGCCGACGAAUUCCUACGAGCGUCUGCUGCAGCACGUGCCAAGAGUUUUCGUCGGAACGAGCGAAGAUUUGAAGCAGAUUCUGAAGCUGGUGAGCGACUCCGCGAGACGGUCGUUGAAGAGCAGAGGCCUCCACCUGCCGCCGUGGAGGAAGCACCGGUUCAUGCAGAACAAGUGGCUCGGUCCCUACCGCCGAACGACGAACCUAUUUCCUGCGUCGUUUUCUUCUCCUUCGGCGGCGAAGCAAGGCUACGGAGUUAAAUGCCGCGCCGUCGGUUUUGACGCCGCCGUCAACGGCGGGCAGUUACUGUUUCCCGCUACAGCCCGUACAAGAUGACUAUGAUAGAUAUUAUGAUAAAAACAAAAAUGAAAAUGAUUUUGCUAAACUCUGUCGUUUUGUGUUGGCAGAAUAUUUAUUUAUUUAAUUUUCAUUAUUAUCCUCUCAGUGGUGUACGCGGCAAAUACACCUUGUACACAUGGCGGCGCCGCAUGCGAUAAGACAUCAUGAGAUUGAGAAAUGACGGGAAAGAUUUUGGAUUCAA